CCUGUCCGACCGUCUGUCCGUCAGUCAGUCCGUCACGGAGCGCGCGGCGCGGGAGCUGCCGGCGCUCGCGGCGUCUCCCGGGAAGGAGCGCCGCGCCUGGAAAGGAGGCGGCGGCGGCUGCAGAAGCGCGAGCCCAGGCGCCGCCGGACCCGGGGCCGCCACGCCAGCCGGGGCCGCUGGAAGACCGAGCGGCGGCCGCGAUGGAGCAACUAUCAGAUGAAGAAAUUGAUCAUGGUGCUGAAGAAGAUAGUGAUAAGGAAGAUCAAGACCUGGACAAAAUGUUUGGAGCAUGGCUUGGGGAGCUAGACAAACUAACUCAGAGUUUGGAUUCUGACAAGCCUGCAGAACCAGUAAAAAGGUCUCCUCUUCGCCAGGAAACAAACAUGGCCAAUUUUUCUUACCGAUUCUCCAUAUACAACUUGAAUGAAGCUCUGAAUCAGGGAGAAACGGUGGAUCUGGAUGCCCUGAUGGCUGAUCUUUGCUCUAUAGAGCAGGAGCUAAGCAGUAUUGGUUCAGGAAGUAGUAAGCGUCAAGUCACAGAACUGAAAAGUACUCAGAAAUUACCUGCCAGCCGACAUACCUCCAAACAUGGCACAUUGAAAGGAUUAUCUUCUUCAUCUAAUAGGAUACCUAAGCCUUCCCAUGCUAACUACUCCCUGGAUGACAUCACUGCACAAUUAGAACAGGCUUCCUUGAGCAUGGAUGAAGCUGCUCAGCAAUCGGUACUAGAAGAUCCUAAGCCUUUAGGAACUAAUCAGCACAGAAGAACUGCCUCAGCAGGCACCGUGAGCGAUGCUGAAGUCCGCUCCAUUAGUAACUCCUCUCGUUCUAGCAUGACUUCUGCAGCCUCCAGCAUGGAUUCUUUGGAUAUUGACAAAGUAACACGCCCUCAAGAACUAGAUUUGACCUAUCAGGGACAGCCAAUUACUGAGGAAGAACAGGCAGCAAAAUUGAAAGCUGAGAAGAUCAGAGUUGCUCUAGAGAAAAUUAAAGAGGCACAAGUGAAAAAGCUGGUGAUUAGAGUCCAUAUGUCUGAUGAUAGUUCUAAAACAAUGAUGGUGGAUGAGAGGCAGUCAGUGAGACAAGUGCUGGACAACCUUAUGGACAAAUCCCACUGUGGCUACAGCUUAGAUUGGUCACUAGUGGAAACCAUUUCUGAAUUACAAAUGGAGAGAAUCUUCGAAGAUCAUGAAAACUUGGUUGAAAAUCUUCUCAAUUGGACAAGAGAUAGCCAAAACAAGCUUAUAUUUAUGGAGCGCAUAGAAAAAUAUGCACUUUUCAAAAACCCACAGAAUUACCUUCUAGGAAAAAAGGAAACAGCUGAGAUGGCCGAUAGAAACAAAGAAGUGCUAUUAGAGGAAUGUUUUUGUGGAAGUUCUGUAACUGUACCAGAAAUUGAAGGAGUCCUUUGGUUGAAAGAUGAUGGCAAAAAGUCUUGGAAAAAGCGUUACUUUCUCUUGCGAGCAUCUGGCAUCUACUAUGUCCCUAAAGGAAAAGCAAAGGUGUCUCGGGACCUGGUGUGCUUUCUCCAGCUGGAUCAUGUCAAUGUUUAUUAUGGUCAGGACUAUCGGAACAAAUAUAAAGCACCUACAGACUAUUGUCUGGUACUAAAGCACCCGCAGAUUCAGAAGAAAUCUCAGUAUAUCAAAUACCUUUGUUGUGACGACGUGAGGACACUGCAUCAGUGGGUCAAUGGGAUCCGCAUUGCAAAGUAUGGGAAGCAACUCUACAUGAACUAUCAAGAAGCCUGGAAGAGGACAGAGUCAGCCUAUGAUUGGACUUCUUUAUCCAGCUCCAGCAUUAAAUCAGGUUCCAGUUCUUCUAGCAUCCCAGAGUCUCAGUCAAAUCACUCCAAUCAGUCUGACAGUGGAGUUUCUGAUACCCAGCCAGUAGGACACAUCCGUUCCCAGAGCAUCGUGAGCUCCAUCUUCUCUGAAGCCUGGAAACGAGGCACUCAGUUGGAAGAGUCCAGCAAGGCCAGAAUGGACUCUGUGAGCCGACCCUACGCAUCACUUGUGGCCCCGCUGUCCCCACAAACCAAGAUCGUGGCCCCUCACGCGGCUUCGCAGCCCUCCCCGCCGCUGCCCCCCCCUCCGCCGCCGCCGCCGCCGCCCCCGCCGCCGCCGCCGCCCCCGCCGCCGCCCCUCCCCAGCCAGUCCGCGCCCUCGGCCGGCUCCUCGGCCACCAUGUUCGUCAAGUACAGCACCAUCACCCGGCUGCAGAACCAGGCGGCUCAGAGCGCGGGAGCCCUGUUUCGGGCGCCGGCGGCGGCGGCCGCGCAGCCCCAGUCCGUCAAGCCGCAGAUCCCGGUGCCCCCCAGUGGCGUGGUCCCCCCGCCCCCCCCUCCCCCGCCGCCCCCCACGCCCGGCUCGGCCAUGGCCCAGCUGAAGCCCGCCCCCUGCGCCCCUUCCCUGCCCCCCUUCAGCCCCGCCCCGCCCCCGCUGAAGCUCCACCAAGUCCCGCUGGGCCCCGCCGCGGCGCCCCCCGCCCCGCCCCCGGCGGCGCCCCCCGCCGCCCUCCCCCCUCCGGCCCCCCCCAAGCCCCUGCCCCCGCCCGGCAGCGCCAAGGCCGGGCCGCCGCCCGCCGCCCCGGCCCCCGCGCCCCCCGCCAAAAAGCAGCCGGCCUUCCCGGCGGCCUACGCGCCGCCCUCGCCCCCCGCGCCGGGCCCGCCGCCCACGCUGCCCAAGCAGCCGAGCCUGGGCGCCAAGCCGCCCGCCUCGCCGCUGCCGCCCGCCUCGCCGCUGCCGCCCGCCUCGCCGCUGCCGCCCGCCUCGCCGCUGCCGCCCGCGCCCGCGCCCGCGAGGCAGCUGGCCAGCCAGUUCCCGCCCCCGCCCGCCGCCCCGCAGUCGCCCCCGGCCGUGAAGGCCAAGCCCAAGUGGCAGCCCGGCCCCGCGCCCGCGCCCUCCCCGGACUUCCCGCCGCCGCCCCCCGAGAGCAGCCUGGCGUUUCCCCCGCCGCCGCCGCCGCCCGCGCCCGCCCCGGACAAGGGCGGCUCGCCCGGCAAAAAGCCCGGCAAGAUGUCCAGCCCCGGGGGCAAGAAGCCGCCCCCGACCCCGCAGCGCAACUCCAGCAUGCGGGCGGCGGGCGGCGGCGCCGAGCCGCCCGAGCCCAAGAGGCCGUCGGUGGACAGCCUGGUGAGCCGGUUCGCGCCGCCCGCCGACGCGGGCUCCCCCGGCAAGGAGGCCGCGCCGCCCGCCGCGCCCCCCAAGCCCGGAAAGCUGCACCUGCCCGGGGUGCACCUGCCCGGCCUCGCCCCGCACGGCCCCGCGCCCGCCGGCGCCAGGGCCCCGGCCGGGGACUUCCCCUCCCCGCCCUCCGACUCCGACUUCCCGCCCCCGCCGCCCGAGACCGAGCUGCCCCUGCCCCCCGUCGACAUCCCCGCCGUCUUCGCCGCCAGCACGUCGCCGAAAGUGGCCGUGGUCAACCCGCAGCCGCAGGCCUGGGCCAAGGCGGCCGGCCGGAGGGCGCCCCCGCCCACCCGGCCCAAGCGCAACGACAGCACGCGCCUCACGCGCGCGGACUCCCCCGAGCCGCCGCCCGCGCCCGCGCCCGCAGCUGCGCCUCAAGUGCCCACCUCUCCCAAGCCCAGCCUUAGCGUCCAGCCGGGAUUCCUGGCCGACCUCAACCGGACUCUGCAGCGCAAGUCCAUCACGCGGCACGGCUCGCUCUCCUCCUCCCGCCUGUCCCGAGCGGAGCCCACGGCCACCAUGGACGACAUGGCCUUGCCCCCUCCGCCCCCCGAGCUGCUCUCCGACCCGCAGAAGGCCAGCCUCGGGGGCAGCCACAUUUCAGGCUAUGCAACCCUGCGGAGAGGGCCCCCGCCGGCGCCCCCCAAGAGAGACCAGAGCACCAAGCUCUCCCGGGACUGGUAGCUGCCCCCCAACUUCCCACGCUGACUCAUUCUACAAUCAGCUCACCCGAGCACCCGUCAGUCCAGGGGU